GCCCCGAGGACAUGUUCCUUCGAGCGAACGGGAUAUUGCGGCAUGCGGCAGACAGGCUGUGCACGCAAGCAGCAGUGGAAUCACUCCAAUGGCAGGCUUCGCUGUGGCUCUGCCUUUGCUGGUGAGGCGAAGGUCGCAGCGAUUGAAGUCCGGAUUGCAUUGGAGGUCCCGCCACCGACUGUUAGUUGCCAGCAAGCUCGAGGUGUACAGUGCUGAAGAGGUCGAGGCUGCCGCCUUGGCGAAGCCGUUGGCAGUGCUGGGUCGGGCGGCUGAGGUUGUCUUCCGUGUCGGCCGCUUUUUCUUGAACUUGAAGCUCGACGAGCUUCAGGGCAACACAGACUCGCAGUACGUGAAGCUCAGGUCGGCUGAGCUGCGGGAGCUGCUCUUGGUCCUGGGUCCCUGCUACGUGAAGUUGGGCCAGGCCUUGGCCAAUCGCCCGGACAUCGUUAGAGAUGACUACAUGGAAGAGCUCGAGGCCCUGCAGGACAAGGUGCCGCCCUUCCCCACCGAGGAGGCCAUGCGAAUUCUCGCUGCGGAGCUGGGUGAGGAUCCCCGCCGAGUCUUUCCCGAGCUCACGCCGCAGCCCGUGGCCGCGGCAUCUUUGGGCCAGGUCUACCGUGGCCGCUUGCGGAACGGCGCCGAGGUCGCAGUGAAGGUUCAACGUCCGGGACUGAAGGACAUCUUGGUCCUGGACAUGUACAUCUUCCGGACGCUGGCGCAGCUGCUGAACGACUGGGCGCAAACGAAUCUGGGGUGCAAUGCGACCCUCGUUGUCGACGAGUUUGCCAAGAAGCUGUGGGAGGAAGCAGACUACGCCCACGAAGCUAAGAACGCCGAGAUGUUCCGGCGCAACUUCGAGGCGGAUGAAUCUGUGAAGAUACCGAAGGUCUUCAUGCAGUACGUCCGGCAGAAGGUUCUGGCCUGA